AUGUGGAAAAAUUUACAACAGUCUUUGCUAGGUUUUGGAGUAGAUAGUCAAUUACAAAAACAAAUUCUUAGUGAAACAGAAAAAUGGAAAGCUAUUUUAAAAAGGCUUCUUGAUGUGACUUUGUUCCUAGCUUAUAGAGGAUUGCCUUUUCAAGGCAGUAGCACUAAAAUUGGUAACGUAAAUAAUGGUAACUUUCUUGGCAUAUUAGAACUUCUUGGACGUUAUGAUGAAAUAACAAGAGGGCAUUUAGCAUACGUUAAAGAAUAUCAAAAUAAAGGUGAAAGUAUGAAAGGAAGGACCCAUUAUUUAUCUUGGAUGAGUCAAAAUGAAUUUAUUUCCCAUUGUGGUGAUAAGAUUUUAAAACAUAUUCUUGAAGAACGAACUGAAUCAAUAUAUUAUUCAAUUAUUGCUGAUGCGACCCCCGAUGUUUCACAUCAAGAACAGAAUGUUUUAAGUUUAAGAUAUGUUUUUCGUAAUAAGGAGACAAAACAACUUGAAAUUCAAGAAAGAUUUAUUGAGUUUUUGAACUUUAAUGAAAAAACAGGUGAAAGUAUUGCUACUAUGUUAUUAGCAGCAUUAGACCGUCAUAAAAUUCCAUUACCAGAUUGUCGAGCCCAAGCGUAUGAUAACGGUUCUAAUAUGAGUGGGAAAAUUAAAGGAGUACAAGCUCGAAUUUUAGAAAAAAAUAACAUUGCUUUUUAUUCACCUUGCAGCGCUCAUUCUCUUAAUCUCGUUGAUGUUAAUGCAGUAAAAAUAAAUUCAAGGGUUAAAACUUUUUUUGGAUGUUUACAAAGCUUAUUUGUAAGUUUUAGUAGCAGUCCUGCAAAACGAAAUAUCUUAAGUGAAGAGGUUGGUGUAUCAUUAGGGUCUCAGUCUGAAACACGAUGGAGCUCCCGCGUUUCAGCCAUACGCCCAAUUGUAAAGCAUCUUCCGGGUAUUUUAAAAUCAUUAAAUAGAGUUUUAACUGAAAUUAACAUGCCAGACAAAAUGUAUAGUGAAAUAAUGGCUUUAAAAAAAUAUUUUUCAUCAUUUGAAUGCAUAGCCAUGGCUAGUUUUUGGUUUAAAGUACUUUCUUCAAUAAAUGAACGGAAUAUUAUUAUUCAGUCUAGAGGUAUAUCUCUGGAAGUUGAAAUUGAUUUAAUAAAAGAUUUGAUAAAUGAAUUGAACAAUAUUAUAGAUGAAUGGCCUACAAUUUUAAAUGAAGCUAGUUUAGUGGCAAACAAUUUGAACAUUAUACCAAAUUUUCCUGAAGAAGAAAGGAGAGCAAAAAAAAGGAAAGUAUUUCAUGAUGAAGUUCAAUCAGAGACUAUUAUUCAACCUAAUAAAGCAAUUGUAGCACAAGAUUCUUUUAAAAGGGAUGUUAUAUUUAAUAGUAUAGAUGUUAUUAUAACCGACUUGACCCACCGCUUUGAAGCACAUAAAAACCUUUGUAACCUGUUUUCCCCUAUUUUAUGCUAUAUGAAGUUAUCUUGUGAAGAACUUGAAGUUAACUUAAAAAAAAUGAUUGAAAUAUAUCCUAAUGAUUUAUCGUCUAAUAUGUUGGAUGAAUUAUUUCAUUAA